CUAACCGGAAGUCUCCAAUUGUGGCCAGCAAUAUUUGCCAACUUCACAAAGCUGGGAAACAUGUCUGCAUCCAUUGAAAGCCUAGUUUCAGAGAUUUCAGUUCUUGAAGACCCUAUUGAAGAAUUACAGAAUUUGAAAACUGCCGUGUUAGCAAUACCUUUGAAUUUACUGGGGGAGACUGUUUCUGAGCUACGACUGGAAGGUCUUUUUUCGCUUUUAAAUACAAAUGACAGGGAGCAAACUGAGCUAUGCGUGGCUAUUCUGGGUCGCAUUCUCCAGGCGCUCGAUCCGCUCUACCUGGCCCGGAACUGCAGGGCUGAGCUUCAGAGAGGAGUGAAUCAUUCUGACAACUCGGUCAAAGUCUUGGCGAUGUCACAAGUUGGAAGAAUUGCUGAGCAUUCCGAAGCUAUCACGGAAAUCCUAAACAACCAAAACUUGUUGAAGGACGUCAUUCACUGCAUUGGAGUGGAGAAAAUAUCUGUUGCUAAAGAGGCGAUUGGAGCACUUUCGAAAUUGGCUCAUACCAAAGCAGGGCUAGAUGCAUUAUUCCAGAGUAAUUUGCUGAACGACCUGAAAGAUGUUAUGUCCACAGAUGAUGUUAUCCGAUACAGAGUGUAUGAGCUGGUGGUAGACAUAUCCUCUGUUUCUCCCAUCUCCCUGGGUUAUUGUGCCAACAGCGGGCUCGUUUCCCAGCUUCUAGGGGAGUUGACUGGCGAUGACGUACUCGUUAGAGCCACAGCAAUGGAGAUGGUGACCACUCUGGCGCACAGCCAGCACGGGAGGCUGUACCUGGCCCAGCAAGGCAUCAUGGAUAAAUUCUCCAACAUGAUCAUAGGGGCGGAGACGGAUCCCUUCUCCAGCUUUUACCUGCCUGGGCUGGUGAAGUUCUUUGGGAACUUGGCCAUCAUGGACAGCCCUCAGCAGAUCUGCGAGUGCUACCCGGCCUUCCUGCAGAAGGUGUUCGAGAUGGCCAUGGACCAGGACCCGGUGAUGACGGGCGUGGCUCUGGACACGCUGGGAGUGCUGGGCUCCACCGUGGAGGGGAAACAAGUCCUACAGAAGACGGGCGAGAAGUUCCAGAGGGUGCUGACGAGGAUGAGCCAGCUGGCCAUGAACUCAGCCACGGAGAUGAGGGUCCGCUCUCUGGAGGCCCUCACCCUGCUCCUCACUCUCCCGGCGGAGCAGCAGACGGAGGACCUCUUGGGUCUGACGGAGUUGUGGUUUGGGGCUCUCUCCAGCCAGCCCGUGGAGAUGUUCUGGGGGUUCAGCACCCAGCCCUUUCCUGAGCUCCACUGUGGAGCCCUGCGCAUCUUCACUGCCAUCGCUUGCCAGCCCUGGGGUCAGAAACUGAUGGUAGCUACCCCGGGCUUCGUGGAGUUCAUUGUCGACCGCUCAACAGGACCAAGCAAAGAGUCUAAGGAUGCCAAGUUCGAGCUUGUGAAUGCCCUGGUGAACUCCAAGUCCACGGCGGAGAUCUUCGGGAACCAGCAUUACCUAAGCCUGCGGGCGUACCGGCGCGAGGGGCCGUACUACGUCACCGCCGUGUCCUCCGUCACGGUGGAAGGAGCAGACUAACGUUGCGGAAAGGUGUGCCGUUGCCACCGUUACCGUGGGGACGGCCAACAUUUGCCACUUGAAGGAAGCUCUUAUUAGUUUAUUAGUUUAUAUCUUAACAUGAUCAAUGUUUAAUGCCCUUGUUUUUGUAUUUGGUUUAUAUGUGCUUAUUAAAGCGGGAGCUGGCUGAGUGUAAA